CGGGGGCGGGGCGGGUGGGACCGGGGGGCCGGGCCGGGCGGGGGCGGAGUUUUGGCGGUGCUUUGGCUGACAACGGUCAAUAAUGAAGGUGGCUGCGGCGCGGCGGCAGGCUCAGCUGCGCCGGGCGGGGGCGGCGCCGAGGCCGCGCCUGUAGGACCUCGGGGCCGGCGCGGCGGGAUGGGGACCCGGCGCUGGGAGUGAGGUGGCGGCGGCGGCGACGAGCGGAACUUAAGCCGGAGGGGCUCUCCCGCUUCCCACCUCUGGCUCGUCGGUCUCGUCCUGCAGCCCCUCGGCUCCCGCGUCCCGCGGGACCGGGACGGCGACGGCGGGGGCAUGUGGUGCUGGAUCCGGCGGCAGCUGGGUUUUGACCCACCACAUCAAACUGAAACAAGAACUAUUUACAUAGCCAACAGGUUUCCUCAGAGUGGCCUUUACACACCUCAGAAAUUUAUAGAUAACCGGAUCAUUUCAUCUAAGUAUACUGUGUGGAAUUUUGUUCCAAAAACUUUAUUUGAACAAUUCAGAAGAGUGGCAAACUUUUAUUUUCUUAUUAUAUUUUUGGUUCAGCUUAUGAUUGAUACACCUACCAGUCCAAUUACCAGUGGACUUCCUUUAUUCUUUGUGAUAACAGUAACUGCCAUAAAGCAGGGAUAUGAAGAUUGGUUACGACAUAACUCAGAUAAUGAAGUAAAUGGAGCUCCUGUUUAUGUUGUUCGAAGUGGUGGCCUUGUAAAAACUAGAUCCAAAAACGUUCGGGUGGGCGACAUUGUUCGAGUAGCCAAAGAUGAAAUUUUCCCUGCAGAUUUGGUGCUUCUGUCCUCAGAUCGACUUGAUGGUUCUUGUCACGUUACAACUGCUAGUUUGGAUGGAGAAACUAACCUGAAGACACAUGUGGCCGUUCCAGAAACAGCAGUAUUACAAACAGUUGCCAGUUUGGACACUCUUGAAGCUGUGAUAGAAUGUCACCAACCAGAAGCAGAUUUGUACAGAUUCACAGGUCAGAUGAUGAUAACUCAACAAUUGGAAGAAAUUUUAAGACCUCUGGGGCCAGAGAGUCUCUUGCUUCGUGGAGCCAGAUUAAAAAAUACAAAAGAAAUUUUUGGUGUUGCUGUAUACACUGGAAUGGAAACUAAGAUGGCAUUAAAUUAUAAGAGCAAGUCACAGAAACGAUCUGCGGUAGAAAAGUCAAUGAACACAUUUUUGAUCAUUUACCUCAUAAUCCUUAUUGCUGAAGCCAUCAUCAGUACUAUCUUGAAAUAUUCAUGGCAAGCUGAAGAAAAAUGGGAUGAACCUUGGUAUAACCAAAAAACAGAACAUCAAAGAAAUAGUAGUAAGAUUCUGAGAUUUAUUUCAGACUUCCUUGCUUUUUUGGUACUCUACAAUUUCAUCAUUCCAAUUUCAUUAUAUGUGACAGUAGAAAUGCAGAAAUUUCUUGGAUCAUUUUUUAUUGGCUGGGAUCUUGAUCUCUAUCAUGAAGAAUCAGAUCAGAAAGCACAAGUCAAUACUUCUGAUCUGAAUGAAGAGCUUGGACAGGUGGAGUAUGUGUUUACAGAUAAAACUGGUACACUGACGGAAAAUGAGAUGCAGUUUCGGGAAUGUUCAAUUAAUGGCAUAAAGUACCAAGAAAGCAAUGGUAGACUUGUAUCUGAAGGACCAACACCAGACUCUUCAGAAGGACCCUUUUAUCGUAAUAGUUUAUCCCAUCUUAACAACUUAUCCCAUCUUACAACCAGUUCCUCUUUUGGAACCAGUCUUGAAAAUGAAAUUGAACUAAUUAAAAAACAUGAUCUCUUCUUUAAAGCAGUCAGUCUCUGUCACACUGUACAGAUUAGCAAUGUUCAGACUGAUGGCAUUGGUGAUGGUCCCUGGCAAUCCAGCCUUGCACCCUCCCAGUUAGAGUACUACGCAUCUUCACCAGAUGAAAAGGCUCUAGUGGAAGCUGCUGCAAGAAUUGGCAUCGUGUUUAUUGGCAAUUCUGAAGACACUAUGGAAGUUAAAACACUUGGAAAACUGGAACGGUACAAACUGCUUCAUGUUCUGGAAUUUGAUUCAGAUCGUAGGAGAAUGAGUGUUAUUGUUCAGGCACCUUCAGGUGAGAAGUUUUUAUUUGCUAAAGGAGCUGAAUCAUCAGUUCUCCCUAAAUGUAUAGGUGGGGAAAUAGAAACAACCAGAAUUCACGUAGAUGAAUUUGCUUUGAAAGGGCUAAGAACUCUAUGUAUAGCCUAUAGACAAUUGACAUCUAAAGAGUAUGAGGACAUAGACAGACGCCUCUUUGAAGCCAGGACUGCCUUGCAGCAACGGGAAGAGAAAUUGGCAGAUGUCUUCCAGUUCAUAGAGAAAGAUCUGGUAUUACUUGGAGCUACAGCAGUAGAAGACAGACUACAAGAUAAAGUUCCAGAAACUAUCGAAGCAUUGAGAAUGGCUGGUAUCAAAGUAUGGGUACUUACUGGCGAUAAACACGAAACAGCUGUUAGUGUGAGUUUAUCAUGUGGACAUUUUCACAGAACCAUGAACAUUCUUGAACUUACAAACCAGAAAUCAGACAGCGAAUGUGCUGAACAAUUGAGGCAGCUUGCCAGAAGAAUUGAAGAGGAUCAUGUGAUUCAGCAUGGGCUGGUGGUGGAUGGAACCAGCCUGUCUCUUGCACUCAGGGAGCAUGAAAAACUAUUUAUGGAUGUUUGCAGAAAUUGUUCAGCUGUAUUGUGCUGUCGUAUGGCACCGCUGCAGAAAGCCAAAGUAAUAAGACUGAUAAAAAUCUCACCUGAGAAACCUAUAACAUUGGCUGUUGGUGAUGGUGCUAAUGAUGUAAGCAUGAUACAAGAAGCACAUGUUGGCAUAGGAAUCAUGGGUAAAGAAGGAAGACAAGCUGCAAGAAACAGUGACUAUGCAAUAGCUAGAUUUAAAUUCCUCUCAAAAUUGCUUUUUGUUCAUGGUCAUUUUUAUUAUAUUAGAAUAGCUACCCUUGUACAGUAUUUUUUUUAUAAGAAUGUGUGCUUUAUCACACCCCAAUUUUUAUAUCAGUUCUACUGUUUGUUUUCUCAACAAACACUGUAUGACAGCGUGUACCUGACUUUAUACAAUAUUUGUUUUACUUCCCUACCUAUUCUGGUAUAUAGUCUAUUGGAACAGCAUAUUGACCCUCACAUAUUACAGAACAAGCCCACCCUUUAUCGAGACAUUAGUAAAAACCGUCAACUAAGCAUUAAAACAUUUCUUUAUUGGACCAUCCUGGGUUUCAGUCAUGCCUUUAUUUUCUUUUUUGGAUCCUGUUUUCUGAUGGGGAAAGAUAUAUCUCUGCUUGGAAAUGGCCAGAUGUUUGGAAACUGGACAUUUGGCACCUUGGUCUUCACAGUCAUGGUUAUUACAGUCACAGUAAAGAUGGCUUUGGAAACUCAUUUUUGGACUUGGAUCAACCAUUUUGUUACCUGGGGAUCUAUUAUAUUCUAUUUUGUAUUUUCUUUCUUUUAUGGGGGGAUUCUCUGGCCAUUUUUGGGCUCCCAGAAUAUGUACUUUGUAUUUAUCCAGCUCCUAUCAAGUGGUUCUGCUUGGUUUGCCAUAAUCCUCAUGGUUGUGACAUGUCUGUUUCUUGAUAUUGUGAAGAAAGUAUUUGACCGACAACUCCAUCCUACAAAUACUGAAAAGGCCCAGCUUAUUAAAACAAAUUCAAGUGUCAAGUGCUUGGACUCCAUGUGCUGUUUCUCAGAAGGAGAAGCAACGUGCGCAUCUGUUGGAAGAAUGCUGGAACGAGUAAUAGGAAGAUGUAGUCCAACCCAUGUCAGCAGAUUAUGGAGUGCAUCGGAUCCUUUCUAUACCAACGACAGGAGCAUCUUGACUCUCUCCACAAUGGAAUCAUCCACUUGUUAAAGUGGCAGUAGUACUUUGUGGGAGCCAUUUCAACUCCUUUCCUAAAAUUCAGUGUGAUCAUCCUGGUAAUGGCCAUACUGGCUCUUCAGAUUUACUUUCUGAAAUCUCUGGAGUAGUUCAUACCCACUCAGAGUUAUAAUGGCAAACAAACAAAAAGCAUUAACGGGAACCCCUCUCAACUCCCUUAUGUUAAACUUUGUGAAUAAAGAGACAUUUUGCAUCUCUUUGUCUGGAUCUUCCCUUGUGCUUAGGGGACUCCUUAAUGGCAUUUCAGCCUCUUGCUAAGGCCACUAUAUUUUAAUAUCAAGAUAGAAAAGGGAAAUAAUUCCUAGUGAAUUGUAUUUUUUAGUAUUAGCUUGGUUAUUGAGUAUUCUGUUUAAAUCUGCUUCUGUAAAUUAUGCUGAAAAGUUGCCUUGAAAACUCUAUUUUUUUAUUAGAGUUAUAUUUGAAGCUUUUCAUGGGAAGAGUUAAUGUGAAUAGUAAGAAAUUUUGGUCCCUCAGUGACCCAUGUUGUUAAUUCAUUAAUGCUUUCUAAGUUCACAGAGCAAAUUAGGAGAAUGCAUUUCCAAACAUCGUUUACUGCACUUUGGUAGUAAAUACAUACCAAUACCAAACUUCUCUCUAGGUACUGUAACACUGCCAGUAAAGUUAACCAUAUACAUGCAAACGGUAUAUCAUAUACAUAAAUUGGAAUCAAGUCCAUUCACCAAAUUUCAAUAUGAUGUUUACUAAUAUUUUUGUGACAGAAUAUGAAGAACCUAUAGUGGGUAAAUUAUAUACCAUUAGCAUAUUAUUAUUUAAUGUGUUUAUCAUUGGAUAUUUUGCAUGCUUUAAUCUGGUUAAUAUAUUUCAAUUUGCUUUUUUUUCUCUCUCUCUGAAGGCUCUGUUUAUAGUAUUUUAUGACACUGUUGUAAAGUUCAACUGUAUCAAUAAAAACAAAUUUGGACAGUAUUUAAAUAUUGCAAAUACUUUUAAUUAUACAAAUCAAAAUAUUAUGGUAAUUAAACCAAUAAAAAGAGAAGAGCCUCUUUCUUUGGCUAACUGAGACUUGCUCUGCCUUUCUGUAAGCUAGAUUUUAGAAUAAAGGAUUUCAGAUAGGAAUCCUGUUAUUUUUAGGUUAGUAUAUAUUAUCUAAAUUACAGCAGACUACCACAGUGAAGUGAAAUUUGCCCAGUGUCCCAUUAUAAGGUAAAUUUUCAGGUGUGGCUAUAGAAUGUAAGUGAAACAAAGUCUAAAAUGCUAAAUUUUGUGAGGUAAUGGCAGCAAUAAAUUAAAAUGCUAAGAAUGAUGAAUCGAUUACAUAUUAGUGUAAUUAACUCACUGCACUUCAAUAGUUAAUUUCCAUACUAAAUUUAUCAUGUAGAUCCAUUGUUGUCAUUUGUUUUGACAAAAAGUAAUGUUUAAAACUUUGGAAAUGAUUGUUGGUUUAAGAACUGUUAGCCGACUCUAAGCAUAUAAUGUUUGUGUACAUAUACAUUUAAAAUUGUAUGGAAUGGUUAAAUAAGGUUUUGCAAAACUUUUGCCUUGAGAAUAUAAUAACUCCUUUUUGUAGAUUUAUUGCACAACCUUCCACCCAUUUCCCAUUUCAUGAAUAUAAGACUUCUGGAAUUGGGCAGAUAAGCAAAGAAUGUAGAGUCAAGAAUUAAGACUUUACCUUUGUUUACUGAUAAACUAUUUUUACUAAUAUAACAUUUGUCUUUUUUAAUAAUGCAAGGAUAUUAGGCUAUGAAUUUCAGCAUAAAUAUUAUUUUUCAUAAAUAGCCCUUCUUUAACUUGGAUAUUCCAAAAUUGGGUUUAGGAAGACACUAUUAUUCUGGAAAUACACUAAAGGGAUGAUAAAAUGUCCAAUGUAUACACUCAGCAAUUCAUGUUCCAGAAGAGGAAAUACUGCAGAAAAUAUUUGGUAGAGUAGUUUAGUGGAGGAUAAUAUGGACUUUGCUUUUCCUUAUAAUGUCUUAUAAAGUGUUCAUAUAACAAAAUGACGUUCAGUAGGCCUGCAUUACAUCUGCCUUACAGUGUUUAUUUGCCAUCAACUAAACUGACCACUGACACUAGAGAAGGACUACAAAGCCGUCAAGAAGUCUCUGACAACUGCAGCAAGGCAGGAGGUCAGCUAACCUAUAUGGUGCUUAAAUGAUUGAUGUCAUUUUCUGCAUUCACUAUUUGAAGUUAUUCGAGAACUGUAUCUUAAAAAAGUAAAUGACUUCCACUGAUAUGGUCAUCUUGCUCUGUUGUUCAAGACCUUCCUUUUAAAGGAAGACUAUCUUGUAACUGUAAGACAAGGAUUUUCUUGUAUGUAUUUAAGAAAAUAAUAGUGUUGUCUACAAGUUUUCAAUAGUUUUCUAGUGUUAAUAUUCAUAUUGUAAAACUAUUAUUACAUAACCAGUAGUCACAGAAAAUUUCCCCUUUGCAUGUUUCUUGAAAAUCCUUUGGAAAUUACGAUGUUGAUAAUUAACUUACUCUUAUCUGCCAAAACCAGAGUAAGAUGCUACGUGUGUUAUUGCUAGUUAAUUAACCGUCUCAAAUCUAUUUGCCUCACUUGCUUGCCUUUGCCAUCUCUGAAGGCUGUAGCCCUAAAGAUAGUAGCAAGCACCGAGUCAGUUUCCAGAAUUGCCCAUCAGCUGCUUUAGGUGACUCAGCACCCUGCCACAGCUUCAGCAAGCAUUAGGAUCACCCUAGGAGUAGAGUGUGGGCCAGGAGCACUGCAGCCCUAGGCUUGCUGUGGGGUCGAGAAGAAAAAGGGAAAAUUUACAGUUUUAAUUUCUCUUAACUACCCUCUUCCUUGGGUCUUAAUGUCCCAUGAUGUCUUCUUCCCUCAUGCAAACUCUGGCACUGUCCUGAGUAGGAGAUUAAAAAGAGGCAAAUCACCUUGUUAAGAAAUACCUUUACUCAGACCAGGGUCAUUUCUACUGCCUAAGAUUGUGAAUUUGGGCUUAUGUGAUAAGCUUGAGACUCCUAUCUGAUAGGCAAGAGUCACGGCCACUAAAAAAUUUACGAUUAAUACUGAAAGUUUUUUAAAGAUGCUUCUCUGAAAAGUUAUUGGGGGGCUGGGGGAAAAGGGAAAAUCUUCCAUGUUUGUGUUUUUCCUGUAAAGAUCGAUUUAGGGUAUGAUAUAAGCAUGUAUUAAUAAAACUAACAUACCAAAGAGUUAUGAAAAACAUGUUUCAUUAAUUUUGGUCCCCUUUUAGAGACAUUUUUAUUUCUAUCUUGAAAUGAGUCAUCUAUUUUCAUAAAAAUAGAAUAUUAUAAAAUGCUGUUUCUGUGAGAUAACUUGAAUGAUAUUCCUUCAAAAAAUAGAUCAUAACUAAUGAUAUGUUUGUAAUAAUGGUGAUUGUUAGAUUUUAUUAGUAGCUGGAAAUACUGUAGCAACACUUAGUUUAAAAUUUUGGACCUCAGACACUGUGGCUGUCUAAUACAAUCCUUUAAAAAUUCUGUGCAUUGUGAGUAAAUGCAGUAUACUUAUUGUACAGCUCUCAGUAAUUUUUUAAAGUUUACUAAAUUAUAUUUAUUGAAUAAAUAUUUUCCUAUAUAA